UCAGUCAGGCUGUAAAUCUCAGUCUAAUGCACCCACACACACACACACACACACACACCGGCGGGGGAGGGGUAAAAGCCAGUCCCUGGGGAUAAAAAGAGAGCAAGCGAGUGUGGCAGUCGUGAAGACAUCCAGAAGACUCUGAACAAGUCAAUCUCUCAACUGUGAGUACUUGUAACAUCUACGCGCACACACACAAACACACACAAGACGGGUGGGGACACAUGAUGGACAGGGUCCGGCUUUUGCCAUGACUUCCCGUCUCUACUUCCCCCUCGUCUGCGUGCUGACGUGGGCCAUGGCGACCGGCGAGCCGGCCGGAUGCAAGAUCCGCAUCACCGACAGAGGCCUGGACAUGCUCAAAUGGGAGACGCAGAGGUUUGUGGAGGAGGAGCUGAGCAACAUCAGCAUGCCCGAGAUGAGCGGCAAGGAGGGAAACUUCCAGUACACCAUCAACGACGUGAAGAUCGAGGAGCUCAACCUGACUUACGCCAACUUGAGCUUCCUGCCCGAGUCGGGCGUGAUGUUUGACGUACAGAACACGUCCAUCACGCUCAGCUUCCACCGACGGCUCCUCUACUGGUUCCUUUACGACACGGGAAGGAUCGAGGCGUCCGCCGACGGCGUCCGCAUCAACACGGCGCUCGGCCUGGGCCGAGACGCGCUCGGACGCCUCAGGAUCAACAAUGUCACCUGUGAAGCCAAAAUCCAGAAGAUGAGGGCAAAGUUCACCGGAACGUUAGGGAGAGUCUACGACUUCCUGGGCAGGUUUCUCACCACUGGCAUGCGCUUCCUCCUCAACAAGCAGAUCUGUCCGGCCCUGCAACACGCGUCUCUGGUGCACAUCAACUCCAUGCUGGAGAGCAUCCCGGUGAGAACGGAGGUGGACAGCUACAUCGGGAUCGACUAUUCGCUGACGGACGACCCGCUGGUGACGUCUCGCGGUCUGGACAUGAACUUCCGGGGGAUGUUCUUCGAGCUGCGGGACGAGAACGACACGCUGGUCAACUACGCGGCGGAGCCCGUCAUCCGAGAGUACGAAAGGAUGGUUUACUUGGCGCUGUCGGAAUUCUUCUUCGACAGCGGCCUCUUCUCUUACUACAAGGCCGGAAUCUUCCAGAUGAACAUCACCAAUGACAACAUGUCCAAAGAUCUGGAAAUGCUGCUGAGGACGACCUACUUCGGAACCAUCAUGAUGCUGAAUCCGGCACUGAUGGACUCGCCCGUGUCUUUGGAACUGGCCGUCAACGCUCCGCCAAAGUCCGCCAUCAAGACGUCGGGCGCCACCGUCGCCAUGACGGCCCUCGUCAAGGUGAUGAUGAUGCCCGCCGGCCAGGCGCCCGUGCUGCUCAGCAGCAUGACCAUGGAAACCAAAUUUAACGCCAAAGUUUUCAUCCGAGGAAAACGUCUGGCGGUACAAGCCGACCUGCGCAGGUUCAAAAUCUACUCCAACCAAUCAGCGCUGGAAUCUCUGGCACUGAUUCCUCUGCAGGCUCCUCUGAAGACCAUGUUGCAGAUGUCCUUGGUGCCUCUCAUCAACAACUGGACCAAGCGAGGCGUUCGUAUCCCUCUGGCUGAUGGUAUAGACCUCGUUGAGGACGUGGUGGAGUAUCACAAUGGUUUCAUCGUGAUUGGCGCAAACCUUCACUUCAGCAAAGGCCUGAGGGAGAUGGUGGCUGCCGCCGCAAAAUGAAUGCUCAUGCACACACUGGCUCGAGCCUUGCACUUUCACACUCUCUCUCUCUCUCUUACACACACACACACACACACACACGCACACGCGAGGUUCAAUCAGGCCCGCAGGAUAAUUUAAAAAUGAAAAAAAAAUGCAUAAAAGACACAGAAUUAAUAUUUUUAAUAAGGUGCAGUUCAUUGAGUAUCCGCUAGAGGACACUGUUUUGUUCAGUCCGUCACUGAGACAGAUACAUGACAGCAAACGCUAUCGCAUUUACACAUUUAAUAGCAUUCUCCUUAGUUUGUAAGGUGUAGGCAGGGAUUACAUUUUGAUUUUAUAUGCAUGUGUAAAUGGUUUAAAACUUCCUUUCUUUAUGAAUCUUGUUUAAUCAUAAAGUGCAUUACUAUAUUUUUCAAAACCAAUUACUUGUUAAAGUUUGUACAAUCAAUGGGAUCAGUUGCAAUGCAUAUAUGUAAAUUUUAACAGUAAAUUGCACAUUUGUUGAAGGAAAUGUAAAGUGCUUCAUGAAAUGUUUUGUAAAAGAUACGUUCAUUAAAUUUCAACAUUUUCCAAA